AAGGGGCCACCUCACCAUCACCACCACCAAACCCUCUUCUUCUUCUUCUUCUUCUUCUUCUUCUUCUAAGUUAAGCUCUCACUGUCUUCUUACUGCAACAGAAUGUCUCACUUCACCAUCCAUGUCUCCUUCUUCACUCCUACUCCUUCACUACCCACCUCCUAAUUUCCCUUCAUUUCUCUCCCCACACCCCGUCUUGAAUCUCACCCCAUAACUAACCCACCACCAUGACCAAGCUUAUGGUCGAAGUUCACGAUGCUAGUGACCUCAUGCCCAAAGACGGCGACGGUUUCGCGUCACCCUUUGUGGAAGUGGACUUCGACCAGCAGAGACAGAGAACACAGACCAAACCCAAAGACCUCAAUCCUUACUGGAACGAGCAGCUCGUUUUCAACGUCGACAACCCAAUAGAGCUUUCCAACCACACUAUCGACGUCGUUGUCUACAAUGACAGAAAUUCCGGUCACCACAAAAACUUUCUCGGCCGGGUCAGAAUCUCCGGCGUCUCCGUCCCCCUGUCCGAGUCAGAAGCCACACUCCAGCGCUACCCACUUGACAAAAGAGGCUUGUUCUCCAACAUUAAAGGCGACAUCGCUCUUCGAAUCUAUGCUGUUCGAGAUUCCAAUAGUACUAUUGCUCCCCAACCAGAGCUACAACAGCAACAUCAAUAUGGAAAUGUUGAGAAAGACACUGCUUACGGUUCUAGCGUAGAGAUUCCUCACGUUUUCUCUCCUACUCCUCUACAAGAAAUCAAUGGUAAUACUCAUAGGAUUUAUGAAGAAGCCGAGCAUCAUCAUCACACGAGUGAGGAGAAGCUGAUGAAGAAGAAGAAGGAACCGGCAGUGAGAACUUUCCACACCAUCGGAACUGGUGGCGGUGGUGGUGGUGGUGGUUUCACUCAUUCUCAUCCACCUUCAUCCGGGUUUGGGUUUGAAACCCACCACCAGAGAGCACCCCAAGUUGAAACAAGGACCGAUUUCGCCCGGGCGGGGCCGGGUGCGGGUCCUGCCACGGUUAUGCAUAUGCAGGGACCUCCGAGGCAGAACCCGGAAUAUGCUCUGGUGGAGACUAGUCCACCACUCGCAGCCCGGCUCCGGUAUAGACCCGGCGGGUUUUCAGGGGAUAAGACCUCCAGCACAUAUGACUUGGUGGAGCAGAUGCAUUACUUGUAUGUCAGUGUGGUGAAGGCUAGAGAUCUUCCGACUAUGGAUGUGUCUGGAAGCCUUGACCCUUAUGUGGAAGUGAAGCUCGGGAACUACAAGGGAGUCACCAAGCAUUUGGAGAAGAAUCAGAACCCUGUUUGGAUGCAGAUUUUCGCCUUCUCGAAGGAGAGGUUGCAGUCGAAUUUGCUUGAAGUGAGUGUGAAGGAUAAAGAUUUUGGGAAGGAUGAUCAUGUCGGAAGAGUGUUUUUUGAUCUUACUGAAGUCCCAGUUCGAUUUCAGCCGGAUAGUCCUCUUGCUCCUCAGUGGUACAGAUUGGUGGACAAGCAUGGGGACAAGGUUAGAGGGGAGAUCAUGCUCGCUGUUUGGAUGGGGACUCAAGCUGAUGAGUCGUUUCCUGAAGCAUGGCAUUCUGAUGCACAUGACAUUAGCCAUGUCAAUCUUGCUAGCACAAGAUCAAAGGUUUACUUCUCACCAAAAUUGUAUUAUCUUAGAGUUCAAAUUCUUGAAGCUCAGGACCUUGUCCCUUCAGAAAGAGGCAGACCCUUGGACACAUAUGUGAAGGUACAGCUUGGUAAUCAGAUGAGGGUGUCAAGGCAUUCUCAAGUUCCCACAAUUAAUCCAAUUUGGAAUGAUGAGCUCAUGUUGGUUGCAUCGGAGCCGUUUGAUGAUCUCCUUUUCAUAUCGGUGGGUGACAGGAUUGGACCUGGCAAGGAUGACUUGUUAGGAAUGGUGAUUCUUUCGGUUAGAGAUCAGAUUCCGCCAAGAUUGGACACUCAUAAGCUUCCUGAGCCUCGCUGGUACAAUCUUCAGAAGCCUUCAGUGGCAGCUGAAGAGGAAAAAGAGAAAAAGAACGAAAAAUUUUCGAGCAAGAUUCAUCUCCGCCUUUUUUUGGAUGCAGGUUAUCAUGUUCUUGACGAGUCUACACAUUUUAGCAGUGAUAUGCAGCCUUCUUCUAAGCACCUGAGGAAAGCAAGCAUUGGAAUUCUAGAACUUGGGAUUCUUAGUGCCAAGAAUUUGCUCCCUAUGAAGGGUAGGGAGGGUAGGACUACUGAUUCAUACUGUGUAGCCAAGUACGGGAACAAAUGGGUUCGAACUAGAACGCUUCUCAACACUCUGAGCCCUCGCUGGAAUGAGCAGUACACAUGGGAAGUGCAUGAUCCGUGCACUGUCAUUACCGUUGGUGUUUUCGACAAUCAUCAUAUCAAUGGAAGCAACGAGGACGCCAGGGAUCAGAGGAUUGGUAAGGUAAGAAUCAGGUUAUCCACUUUAGAGACUGAUCGGAUUUAUACACAUUACUAUCCUCUGUUGGUUUUGACGCCCUCUGGUUUGAAGAAGCAUGGUGAACUUCAUUUGGCAUUAAGGUUCAGUUGCACAGCUUGGGUUAAUUUGGUAGCUCAAUAUGGAAGACCAUUGCUUCCAAAAAUGCACUAUAUCAAUCCUAUACCUGUUAGGUAUGUUGAUUGGCUCCGCCACCAGGCAAUGCAGAUUGUGGCUGCACGGCUAUCUCGAGCAGAGCCACCACUAAGGCGGGAGGCUGUUGAGUACAUGUUAGAUGUAGACUACCAUAUGUUUAGUCUAAGGAGAAGCAAAGCCAACUUCCAACGUAUCAUGUCGCUUCUCAGUGGAUUCACCAUGGUCUGCAGAUGGUUCAAUGACAUUUGCACUUGGAGAAACCCGAUCACAACUUGCCUGGUGCACAUUUUGUUCGUGAUUCUAGUGUACUACCCGGAGCUGAUCCUGCCAACAAUUUUCCUCUACCUCUUCGUGAUUGGUUUAUGGAACUAUAGGUUCAGGCCAAGGCACCCGCCUCACAUGGAUGCUCGGAUUUCACAGGCAGAGUUUGCACAUCCUGAUGAAUUAGAUGAGGAAUUCGACAGCUUCCCUACAAGCCGACCCUCUGAAAUUGUGAGAAUGAGGUAUGACAGGUUGCGUAGCGUGGCGGGUAGAGUGCAAACUGUGGUGGGAGAUUUGGCAACCCAAGGGGAAAGAGCUCAGGCACUACUAAGCUGGAGGGAUUCAAGGGCUACUGCAAUCUUCAUCAUCUUCUCACUGAUCUGGGCAGUUUCCAUAUACAUUACUCCCUUCCAGGUUGUGGCAGUGCUGGUCGGACUCUACAUGCUGCGGCAUCCACGAUUCCGGAGCAAGAUGCCUUCUGCACCUGUUAAUUUCUUCAAGAGAUUACCUUCCAAGUCCGAUAUGUUACUAUGAGAGUUAGCUAAAUCACCUUCAUUAUUCUGCAAGAACAGUUUUCUACUUAUCUCAUUCUUGUAAAGAAAAAGGUUAUUCCAAACGAGCAGAAGGAAAGACAAAUGUGAUAAUGUGAUUCUCCCACUUUCUCUGGAUACA